AUGUGGGGAAGUUUGAGAGCGGCCCCUGUUCUCAAAGUUGUUCUGCUGCGAUCCCAUUAUGUGCUUGACUAAACCCUUUUAGGGACAGAAACGGGACUCGGGCUGUACGGUGUUCGGUUUCAAUGGACUCUUUACGCUGUAUGACACAUCUCAACAUCUUACACAUUGCCGUGGUUUAAGGUGUGGUAGCUUUCGUAAUGUAUGAGAAUAAUAAGAAGAAACCACGUCUCUCCAACACAUAAAGCACCAACGUGAGGAAAUCUCUAAAGCACACUACUCAGGUGAAGCAUUCAGUUUAUUACAAAAUAGCAGAAUUACUCUGACUGUCACCUCUGUGCCGCCCAAGUUAUAUAUUUCCCAUGCAAGUCCAUAUUAUUCUUAAUAUCUGUUCCUCACUGAAAACCCCAUAUCCAGAUUGCAGUCGCUCAAUUAACCGGAAUAGCGCUCAUUGUCGACACGGGUAAAAUUCCUCAUGGGAAUAAGUUAAGCACGCAUUGAAAUGCAAACCAGCGUAUUAUUUCUUCUGUGUUUAAUUCGGAUGCACAGCAUGUGGUUAAACAAAGUAGCCCUACCGAGCGGCUUCAUGCAAAGCUCUCAGCACUGCAGGCUUUUUGGACAUUCCCAGAUGAUUUCUGAAAUUACUGCACUGUUAACACCUUGGAGCAUGUUGAACUAAUUGCUUAGGAUCAGGUUGCCGGUUUCCUAACCCUAAACAUUCACACACAUUAUGAACUGGCCUGCAGAUUGGGUGCGUAAUCGGUAGGACUACACGGUGCCGUUAAAGGGUUUUUUCCCCCCUCCAUAUUAUUUUACACACAAAAAGACGCAAAGAACUGAAUCUACGGAGUGACUGUGGUAUUUUACUUAAGGGGAAAAUCACGUUUUGUUAAAAUGCAUUUAUAAACCGACAUAUAUCAUAUAAACCUAAACCUUUUGUCAGUUUAUGAAAGGUGUUUGAUGAGACCUCCCUCUACGGAUUUGAACACUCACUAUAUGACGUGUGAUGCAAAGGCGCGCGUGAAGUUGCUCCCUUUUGUCAGCGCGUGUCUGGUCGCUUUUACGCGCGCCUUUAUCGCAGGCCGAAAAGGUGGAUCCACGUCUUUGAGUCAACGCCUCUUUAUCACGAGUGUAGCAAGAGGUGAAAAGGAGGGGGUCCUAAGCUUGGCAUCUCCUGACAACUGACAUCCACUCUCGCCUCUCGCCGUUUUAUCUGAUGCUCUUGUGGAACCGAGCGUCCGUAUCGAGUUGCGCGACAUGAACGGCUACGGCUCGCCGUACCUGUACGUGGGCGGUCCGGUGGCGCAGACGCGCGCGCCGCUCCAGAGGACACCUAAGUGCGCACGGUGCCGCAACCACGGCGUGCUGUCCUGGCUCAAAGGACACAAACGAUACUGCCGUUUCAAGGACUGCACGUGCGACAAGUGCAUCCUGAUCAUUGAGCGUCAGCGCGUCAUGGCGGCGCAGGUCGCGCUCCGGCGGCAGCAGGCCAACGAAAGUCUGGAGAGUUUAAUCGCCGAGCCGCCGCCGCCACCGCCGCCGCACAGAACCAUGGGCACUGGAGAGUUACGCUGGAGCGCCGAGCCCAUCAUCACAACACAGUCACCAACAGACCUGAAUGAGGACCUCUCGGGUGAACAAUCUGGAGGAGAGAACAGCGGCAGCACCAGUGACCGAGAGCAAGAAGCUGCCAGCUCACCCGAGGAGCCCAAACCCAACUCCUGCUUCACUCCUGACACCCCAGAUCCACCUUCUAAUCCUGAGGAGCCUAGUUACAGCUCACCCAAACCCUGCACUGAUGCAGAACCAAAGCCUGACAGCCCCAAGUCUCCCACUGAGCAGAACCUGCUAAUUGAAGGGCUUACAGGCUCUGUGUCCCUGCCCUUUAACCUGCGAGCCAACCGUCCUCCUUUGGAGGUACUGAAGAAGAUCUUCCCUUCCCACAAGCCAGCUGUGUUGGAGCUGAUCCUGAGGGGUUGCGGAGGUGACCUGGUGGGUGCCAUUGAGAUACUUCUCUCCAGCCGCUCUACUACAAAAAUGGAUAAGCCCUCAUCUGAAAACUCAGAGGCUUUAAUCCUGCCCUCUAACAGCCACCUUUUUGAGCCUCUAAGCUCUUACCCAGUCUCUUCCUCCAAGUGGUCAGUGGGUUCAGCCUUUCGUGUGCCAGAUUCACUUCGCUUUACUCCAGAAUCGCCUGGUGGGGUGAUGCCGACUCCCUUGGGUGUCCCGCUGCAGCCUAGCUUUUCUCAAGCACACCGUUACCCGUUGAUGCUGCGCAACUCUCUGAGCCGUGGUCAAGCCGGGCCUUUUAUGUCUAAUGACAUGACUUUGUGGAAUACCAUGAGCUUGCAGCAGCAGUACCAAUUCCGCUCGCAGUAUGUCUCACCCUUCUCAGGCCCGUCAUUCCGUGGAUCACCUCUCCUUCCCUCCAGGCCAGCUCAAGAGGAGCAACGCAUAAGCAUUCAGGAGGAUGCGGCCAAACACACUGUAUACGCCGCCACCGACGAGGAGUACGAUGAAAGAUCUGACUCCUCAGACUCGAGGAUCCUCAAUACAUCUUCUUAACCUACAAAUGUGGAAAACAUACCAAAAACGUGUUAUGAAUGGACUGAGAAUGACAAAAGAGACAUGGCGGACUGUGCCUGUGUAGGAGCUUUAUGAAACAUAUACUGUACAUUAUUUGAGAUAUUGUGUUGCUCUCACAAUGAAACAUGUGGACAAUUUGUAAGCAACACCUACCAAAAAAUCCUGAAUGAUUAAAUGACUGAACAUUAGUUUGUGAAUAAUAACCACAAAUUCCUCCUUGCAUGAUAUGUACUGUGAAUAGUAAUGCAGUGUAGAAAUAGGCAAACAAUAUAAGCAUGUAAAUGGAUAUGCCAUAUACCCAGUCUGAAUUUGUAUUGUCAUUUAUUCACAUGAACUAAAUGUAAACAGGAUGUGUAUGUUCAUAGGAAAUUCACAUUAAUUGGGUAUUGGAUGUUAUUUAAUAUUAUACUUACAAUAAUGGAAUCAUUUCAGUAGAUUUCUGUAUUCCUGGAAAUACUUGUUAGGUGUCAAAUAUAACACAGUCUAAAAUAAGAAUUGGUUUAAUUUUUUUUUUAUAUUGGGAACAUAAAGAACACCUUUUCAAUUCGUCAAACACAUAAACCAAGAAAUGUAUUUAAGCAUUGAUAUGACAUUAAUUGGCAAUGACAUGAACUCUGGACUGUACAAAAUAAUAUAUCUAAAAUAAUAAACGCAGAGUGUGAGCAUA